UGUUGUUUGAUUUUUGAUUGGAAGAUUGGAGGGUGGACUGCGACAAAGGCCGCGGCGGCAGAUUUAAAUAGCAGCUUAAAAUCAUGGCGUCGCCUGGGCCGAAGUCACCUGAACAGUCGGAUAGAAGCAAGAAAUAUGAUCGUCAAAUCAGAUUAUGGGGUGAACAUGGCCAGUCAAGACUUGAUUUUUGCCACGUUUGCCUGGUGAACGCUACAACCUUGGGCACCGAGAUAUUGAAGUCUCUUGUCCUGCCCGGCAUUGGAGCCUUCACUAUUGUUGAUGGACACAUGACAAGCGAAAAAGAUGUCGAGGCGAACUUUUUUCUAGAUCCAGACUCAGUCGGAAAAUCUAGGGCAGAGAUUGCCACUAAAUUGCUGAUGGAAUUGAACAGUGACGUGCGGGGUGAUUUUGUGGACGAGUCAGUGGAACAAUUGCUCAACAACAGCCCUGAUUUUUUUGACAACUUUACCGUGGUGUAUGCUGUAUCCCUUCCGGAGAGGACUCUGCUCCCCUUGUCCAAGAAACUGUGGAGUCAAGGCAUCCCUUUGAUUGUCUGUCGAAGUUUUGGUAUGUUUGGAAGCAUAAGAGUUCAAGUUCCUGAGCACGCUGUUGUUGAAACACACCCUGAGCACCCUUUGCCAGACCUGCGGCUAGACAAACCAUUUCCUGCACUCAUUGCCUUGGUUGAUGCCAUCAACUUGGGCAGCAUGACUCUCAAGGAUCAUGCGCACAUACCGUAUGUUGUGCUUCUCUUCAAAGCGCUCCAUGAAUACAGAAAAAGACACCCUGGUAGCCACCCUUUGAAAAAAGCAGAAAAGGACGAGCUUAAGCAAAUUCUAAAGGAUUUGAAACUGAGAGAUGAAAAUGGAGAUCCCUUGGAAGAAGAGAAUUUUGAGGAAGCGAUUCGAGCUGUCAACGCAGAAAUUCAACCCUCAAGAAUCCCAAGCAAUGUAACAGACAUCCUGAAUGAUCCAUGCUGCAUCAAUUUGACGUCAAAGAGCAAUCCAUUCUGGAUUACAACAAGGGCCUUGAAAGACUUUGUCGAGGGGGAAGGAGGUGGACUGCUUCCAGUUAGAGGUUCUCUUCCGGAUAUGACUGCAGAAACUUCAAGAUACAUCUCUCUCCUCACUGCAUAUCAUGAUCAGUCACAACGAGACGUUGAAUCGGUCUUUAGAAGAGCUCAGCAGCUGCUUGUGGAGCUCAACUUGCCGCCAGACACAAUUACUGAGAAGGAUGUGAAACACUUCAGCAAGCAUUCAUAUGAUCUCCACGUCGUAAGAGGCCGCUCCAUUGCAGACGAGGUUGAUCCACGCACUGCUAACACCCAAGAAAUAGCCUCUCAGCUGGAAGACCCUGAGAGUCUGAUGCCCCUGUAUGUCAUCAUGAGAGGAAUCGAUCGCUUUUACACCGAACACAACAUUUACCCUGGCAGUUUUGAUGAGAGCUUGGAGCCUGAUAUUGUAGAAUUGAAGAGCAUCGUGAACAAAUUGCUGGCAGAACUGGGAAUAAGCUCCAUAGGAAAAGAUGAUCUAAUACACGAAUUUUGUCGUUACGGUGGCUCUGAACUUCACGCUGUCUCUGCAUUCAUCGGAGGUUGUGCCGCUCAAGAAGGCAUCAAGUUCAUCACAUCCCAAUAUAAGCCAAUCAACAACACCUUUAUUUACGAUGCCAUGACUGCUCAGUCUUCAAUUUACGUUUUGUAGUUUAUUACACUUCUGGCGCUGGCUAUUGCCUGGGGCAAUAGAAAUGAGGACCCAUGAAUGUUCCAAAAUUGGAGCUAGGGUUAUUGCAAAUUAAAUGUUUUGCACUUGACUUGUAAA